GGCAACAAGAUGUGGAUCACGGGCGGCGACCAGGGCCUGUCGGAGAACAUCGUGCACUUCGUCCUCGCGAAGCUCCCCGGCGCGCCGCCGGGCGUCAAGGGCAUCUCGCUCUUCCUCGUGCCGAAAGUGCUGGAAAACGGCGAGCGCAACGACGUCUACCUCGGCGGCAUGAACCACAAGAUGGGCCAGAUCGCGUCGGUGAACGCCGGCGAGCUCCUCUUCGGCGACCGCACGGGCGCGGCGACGGGGUAUCUCGUCGGCGAGCCCCACGAGGGCUUGAAGUGCAUGUUCGUCAUGAUGAACGAACUUCGCGUCGGCGUCGGCAUGGGCGCGGCCGCGUCCGGCGUCGCCGGCUACACCGCGGCGCUGCGGUACGCCCGCGACCGCGCCCAGGGCCGGCCCUUGACGUCCAAGGACCCGGCGGCGCCCAUGGUGCCCAUCGUGCAGCACGCGGACGUGAAGCGCAUGCUGCUGGCCGCGCGCGCGUACUCCGAGGGCGGCGUCGCGCUGAGCCUCUACGGCGCCGAGCUCAUCGACAAGAUGGCCGUCUGCGAAGACGCCGCGGCGAAGCAGGAGCUCCACCUCGUCCUCGAGCUGCUCAUCCCCAUGAUCAAGUCGUGGCCGUCGGAGUGGGGGCUCGAGGCGAACCGUUUGGCGAUCCAGGUCCACGGCGGCGCGGGCUACACGACGGACUUCAUCGUCGAGCAGCUCUACCGCGACGCGCGCGUCAACUCCAUCUACGAGGGCACGACGGGCAUCCAGAGCCUGGACCUGCUGGGCCGCAAGGUGCCCAUGGCCGGCGGCGCG